ACUUCACAGCAGAACCAGUACAUGGAGCAGCACCAGGUGUGGUUCGUAAUUUGGGACAAGCUGUGCAAACAUCACCAGAGCCAGCAUGUGAAACGAACAAUGGUACAGAGAAAUCGGUUCAAGUGCAGCUACUUAUGUGCCACGAAGGAUCCCAAAUGGAUGAAAAGAAAAUCCUAUCAUCAACUGCUGUGCAAACAGAACCAUACGCUUUUUCUUCAGGCUCCUUGUCCUGUGCAUCCUCGGAUCAGUCUUAUUCACUGUCGUCUGUACGAGGCCGACUUCAUUCCUGCCAGCAGUGCACCUAUGUGACCCUGGACAAGUCAACUAUGAUUAGACACCUUCAGAAACACAUGGGCGAGCCUCCCUUCCAGUGCCACUUUUGUCCAGCUGCAUUCCUUCACAACUCCAAGCUGGUGGUGCACGUGCGCACUCACACGGGAGAGCGGCCUUUCUCCUGUGUACACUGCAGUGCGUCAUUUGUGACGAAAAACACCCUCGUUAGACACAUUCGCACACACACAGGAGAGCGGCCUUUUUCGUGUGCCCGCUGCAGUGCAUCCUUUUCGCGGAAAGGCCACUUCAUUGAGCACAUCCGCACACACACAGGAGAGCGGCCCUUCUCCUGUGUCCACUGCAAUGCAUCCUUUAUGAAAAAAGGACAUUUUAUCGCGCAUAUGCACACUCACACGGGAAAGCGUCCCUUCUCCUGUGCCCACUGCGAUGCGUCCUUUAUGCGGAAAAGUAACCUGGUGAGACAUGUCCGCAUGCACACCGGAGAACAGCCAUUUUCCUGUGUCUACUGCAAUGUGUCUUUUUCUGCAAAAGUCACUCUAAUUCGGCAUGUGCGCACUCACACAGGAGAGCGUCCCUACUGCUGUGUCCACUGCAAUGCAUCUUUUUCUGUGAAAAGCGCUCUAAAUCGGCACGUGUGCACUCACACAAAGGAGAGUUCUUACUUCUGUGUACACUGCAAUGCAUACUUUGUGAAGAAAAGUUACCUUAUGAGACACGUCCGUAUGCACACUGGAGAAAAGCCCUUUUUCUGUGUUCACUGUAAUGCAUCCUUUUCUAUGAAAGGCAACCUAAAUAAGCAUAUGCGUACUCACCAAGGAGAGCAUUCCUUCUCUUCUCCGCACCACAAUGCCUUCUUUCUACAAAAAGGCAACGCUGUGCAACACAUUCGCAUGCAUACUCAAUAGAGGCCUUUUUCUUGUCUCUAUUAUUAUGAGUACAAACCUUGUCAUAACAAAGUCAAAGGGAGAGUCGUAAUUACUUUGUUAUAAAUAUUAGUGUGUUAUAGCCAAUAUUAAUUUCUACCGACAAUUAGCCAGUAAGUGAGAAUGUACUCACCACCGAAUGUGACAGCAACCCGCCGCACAAGGAAACACGGCCAUCGGAAGGCAGAAUACUAGCAAAGCAAUAAAGAAUGCACUUUAUUUUAAUCAAAUACAACACACCAGCUGGCAGACCACUUCGUAGAAAAAUAGGGCUUAAUAGACUUUUGUCUACUCUUCCUUACGUGAAUAACUGCAUUUUAAGCUGCAGCAGCUAUUGCGAGUUCGUCCUCGCCGUCAUUCUAAGCACCAAAAAAUUCUGCCAUAUCCACGAA